CUCAGUUAUCCCUCCACCAAAAGCUCUGAGCUACAGAAACAAACUUCAGCGGACUGAGUACCCGAUUUUAAUCCACUCGGCUUUAACUAAUUGGAUGUGACCAUUUUUUAAAUUCAGAUUCACUUAUGUAGACUUUUCCAUAGCAGUUAAAGUGAGAAAUCAGUUAGCUUCGCUAGCCGCUUUAGCUAGCCGGCCAUUCCUUGUGCCUGGCGUCACUUCCUACUUUUUGAAAAUCGCGGCCAGAAAGAAACGAAACGGAGAUGGAGCUACAAGUGGGAACAGAACCGAUGACCCUGGGCUCUCCCACCUCUCCAAAGUUGGCCCCUGGAGCUCAGUUUUUGCCUGGCUUCUUGAUGGGCGACCUGCCGGCUCCAGCUAGCCCCCAGCCACGUCCCUUCAGUCUGACCAUGGAGAGCACAGGUACGCCCCGAGGAGGCUCUGCCCCACAGCCCGUUGUCCCCACCCCCAAAGAUAAGAGUGGAGCCCCACCCGUUCGCAGUAUCCAUGACGACAUGAUGACUGUGACUACACCCCUCAGCACACUCAGACAGUCUUUUCCAGUUAUGCAGUCUCCUCUGUCUCUAAGGGGAGCAUCAACUCCAGGUGUACAGCAGAUGUGCUUGUCUCCAGCUCAAGUGGAUCCUUUUUACAGUCAGGGAGAGUCUCUGUCAUCUGAUGAUUAUCUGGACCAGACUUGGAUCACUGUGUUUGGUUUUCCUCCAGCCUCAGCCUCCUACAUCCUGCUGCAGUUUGCACAGUAUGGAAACAUCCUCAAACACACGAUGGCGUCUCCUGGUAACUGGAUGCACCUUCAGUAUCAGUCCAGACUUCAGGCCAGGAAGGCUCUGUCUAAAGAUGGAAAGGUGUUUGGUGACGCCAUCAUGGUGGGAGUCAAACCCUGCAUAGACAAGAGUGUGAUGGAUAGCAGUGUAGCCAUCUCCUCUCCCCUCGCCACCUCCUUCUCCUCCGUCCUACCCUCCACUCCUCGCUCCGCCAUCAGACCCCUCAGCGCUGCUUACAGGAGCUCCUGUAGCGACUACCAGGUGGUAUCGGACAGACAGACACCAAGGAAGGACGACAGUUUUGUUUCCAAAGCGAUGGAGUACAUGUUUGGCUGGUGACAUUACACAAUGCAUCAUGGAAUACCUGCAGCCUUGAAGGAGAGGGGAAUCAAUGGAGCGAGGAUGAACUGAUUCACUACACUGUGUGUGUGUGUGUGGGAAAGCGAGAGAGAGUGAGUGCGUGCGUGCGUGUGAGUGUCUGCUGGGGGGGAGAAUCUUUUUGGCUUUCUCUUCUUUUAAGAUCAGUAUUUUUUUAAUGUUUUGUCCCCAAUAAAGUUUUUCCUCUGGUUUGAAGUGAA